AUACCUGGGCAGGUGUGAUCGUUUCCACCUGUUGGAGGUAUACAGAUACUCACACAGCCUGAGCGAGAGAGGCACAGUCAUAGGUACCGAGAGGCUGCCCCGUGGGGACGUGGGCACUGGGAGACUCCCUGAGACUGGAGUUUCUCCCACACAGGGGGGAGAAAAGGCCAUGACCGUCCCGGAGCUGGGAGCCCGGAGCCUUCGGUAACAGCUGUGUGUGUGUGUGUGUGUGUGUGAGAGAGAGAGGGUGAACGCGGACGGGAAGAUGCAGAGAGAGAUGGGGGAACCUGCUUCCCCCAGCUGGUGGAAACUCACUUUCCUGCGCAAGAAGAAGAACAGCGGGAAGGUGCUGUACGAGAUUCCGGGGGAGCGGAGCUGUCCCGACAGUAAGGAGGGUGACGGUGGGACCGAGAGCCGGGCCGACUCGGAGCUGGAAGCCCGCCUGGAGAAAAUCGUGGACAAAAACACCAAAGGCAGGCAUGUGAGGGUGUCCAACUCGGGCAGGUUCAAAGAGAAGAAGAAAGUCCGGACCAGUCUAUCAGAGAGCCCCGGCUUCUACAACGAUUCAGGCAACAGCGGGGGAGCGCAGUCCUGAACCUCCCGCCGGGCUCGAUACCCCAACCACCUCCCCCCCCACCCCCGUCCCCACCCUUUCCCGGGAGGGCUACAGCCCUUGGGACCGUCCAGAAACGAGAGGCUUCUCCUGCACUAAAUGAAAGAAAUUCGUCCAUCAGUAACUGUGGCCAGGUCAAGCCGUGCCUUCUGAUUUAAAGGGUUAAUACCUGCGACCCGUUUAAAGGGUUAAUACCUGCAAUCUACUUCCAGGGCUCACUGUUUCUCUCCCCCACUCCCACCACCCCCACCCAAUUUAAAGAUGAACCGACUUGGAAUCCUCCCCAAUUUCAAAAGCAUCAUUUUUUUUUUUAAAACUCUGAACAGUUUAUCUGAAAGAGGGGAGAUUGUGGGUUCUCGGUUUGAAUUUUGGAACAAAGACUGGAUGUGGGGCUCCGCUCGUCGUGAGAUGAAUAUUCCACGCGAGGUUCCCGGAAAGUUGGAGUAUGGAAAGCCUUGAGAGGAAGUGGCUGAGGGUUGCUGGAGCUCGAGUACAGGAGGGACACUCCAUCCCACUGGGGUGCGGAGUAUUUCAACUGAAUAUUUCAAUCUGACAUUUUACUACAUUGUGUGUGCAUAAGAAGAUUUCACCGUUUCCUUUUUUUGGGACAAUAAUAAAGGAGGAUUUGAGGCGAUGGGGUGGGGCCGCACAAGGAGUGACUCUCUAUGAAAAGGAACUAGGGGAAGACUUACAUGUGCAAAAAUAACACAUUGGAUUGUAAUUGUUACAGAGAUAGUAGGAACUGCCGAUGCUGGAGAAUUUGCAUUUGGUCCACAGUGAAUGUUAGAGAAACUGGGAGCCAGCUUUUGUGUGGGAGCCACUGAGUGUACAGUGUAAUCAGAGGAUUUCGGGGGGAAUGCUGAGUGGCAGAUUGUGAACGGGGACUGGGGCGAGGUUCAGAAGCCCCGUUUUUAAAGUGAUUUUUAAUUAAAUGACCUGAAUCGACUAUGACUCUGUCAGCUUUUAACACUUCUAUUUGUGUGAAAUGCCUUGAGGCAUGUGCCAUAUAAAUGCAAGUUAUAUUCAGUCAUAGGCUUCGAGGGUAGAGAUCUAAUCGAAAUUCAUAGAUUUGUGUGUAUACAGGUGAGAGAGAAUGAAUUGAGGUGAGUGGUGAAGUAGGCUGUAUGAGCCAAAUGGCCUACUGCCUCCAACCCCCCCCCCCGCCCUGCUCCAUGAAACCAUGCCUUCUAAGAAGUUUCAAAUGGGUUAGAAACAAAAAUCUGCUAAAUAAAAACAACAAAAUACUUAAGGUGCUAGAAAUCUGUAAUAAAAAAACAAAGUGCUGGAGAAACCCAGCAGCUCUGGUAGAUUCUGUGGAGAGAGGGAAAAUCGCUAACGUUUUGAGUUUGGUACCAUUCUUCUUAGAACAGAUUUUGAAACAGCUCAGAAGAAUCAUCACUGGACUCAGCAUUAACUCUGUUUCUUCCUCCACAGACCAGCAGAGUUUCUCCACUUUUAUUGAGACCUAGAAAGUUUUAUCAAAAAAGUCCUUCCUGGCUCUGAGCACUGAAUGAUGUCUGGAUUGGACAGGUCAUCAGGAUAAAAUGCCGCAGGAAACCUGACCCAGUUUAGACAUUCAGUAACAAAACUGGAGCAGGACUUCAGAUCAGAGUCUUCAGACUCAGAUGGUUAAGUAAAUAUCCACAUUCAUCUCUAUUGCGUGGAAGGUGUUUUCUACCAUAAAUAUUGUGUUGUUCAUAAGGUGUCACGAUAGCCACACCUGUGUCUAGUCAGUGAGUUCUGUUCGGCAACACUGGGUUAGCAGAUCAGCACAAAACCCAGCAACUUAGUCAAGGUAUCACCCCCCAUGAGCAUUAACAUUUUUGCCUGUGUGGUCUCUGAGAGACACAUGUCCCAUAACUUUGUAAAAACUGACAUCCAACCUAUGUGCAAAAUUGAGAGGAAGGACAUUCACUUUGUAAAUUAAAAUGAAGAUUCCUCGAUGUAUGAGAUAACAAGGUGUAGAGCUGGAUGAACACAGCAGGCCAAGCAGCAUCACAGGGGCAGGAAGGCUGACGUUUCGGGCCUCGACCGAGAUGUAUGUGUCAGUUUGUGACUGAGGCCAAUAUCUAGCCUUAAAUAGAGGCUCAAUAUUGGAAUCCUACAGUAAGUCAAAUGGCAUCACUGCCUUUCACAGAGUUGAUCUUUCUCUCCUGCUAUUUGGGAGCAAAGGUCAGCCAAGGGCAAUAGACAGUCCUGUAAUUUGUGUGCAAUGAUAAUAGGAUAAACUUGUAUCUGUAUAGCACCUUUCAUGACUGUGGGACCGAAAUGUUUUCUAGGCAAAAAUGUUAAAAACGUUUUGAGGUUCCUCUUCAUUUAUUUAUAUUUUGAAUGGAUUAUUAAAGUGAUGAUGGUUUAAUGGUCA